AUGGCUGCGCUGCCCCCUCCUCUGCCCCCACCCCGCCGCCGGCCCCUCCGCCCUCCCCGCCCGACCCUCCUCCUCCUCCCCGCCGCUCACUCCGCGCCUCCAGCGCCCCGGCUCCGCGCCCGGCUCCGCGCCCGGCUCCGCAGCCCUCCGCAGCCCUCCGCAGCCCUCCGCAGCCCUCCGCCGGCUCCGCGCUGGGAGCCAGCAGGUCUCCGGGAAGCGCGGAGGGCGGGGAGGGGAAUGCCGGAAUGCCCGGACCGGGGGGCCAAAGCGGCCCCCAUCCAUCAUAAAAUCUCCUUCUCCAUCUUAGACAUCCUGGAUCCCCAGAAAUUCAGCAGGAGACGCGAAGCGGCCGCGGGGAGCUGGGGCAGCGUCCCCGGCUCGGGCGAGCGGGAGAAAAGUUUGGGAAGAGUUGAAGUAGGAAAGGACGCUGCUGCUCCCGGCAGCGGGAGGAAUAAACUAGAGGCACAUGGUAGGAACGCGCUCGAGUUUCUCCGGCCGGCGCUGGCGGGGCGAGCAGGUGGAGGCAGAGGGGACCCCCGGCCCCCCGCGCCCCCCGGGGUGCGCUCCCCGGAAGAAAUACCGGGCAGCGCGGGGGACGGGGGGGCUGGAGAUGCAGAGAGCGGCCCCGAGGCAGCGGGGCAGGACCGCGACCAGGAGGGUCCGCCCGGCGACGGCACCGGGACGGGGACAGAGGCAGGGACCGGUGCCCAGCCCGCUGCCCGGCCUCCCGGUGCGGAGGAGCCGGUCUCCCCGAGGGUCUCCCGGCGACGGCGGGCCGAGGCGGGAUGCGGGAAGCCCCGGAGGGCACGGACGGCUUUCACCUACGAGCAGCUGGUGGCCCUGGAGAACAAGUUCCGAGCCACGCGGUACCUGUCGGUCUGCGAGCGCCUCAGCCUGGCCCUCUCCCUCAGCCUCACCGAGACGCAGGUGAAGAUCUGGUUCCAGAACCGACGCACCAAGUGGAAGAAGCAGCACCCGGGAGCCGAGGGAGCGGCUCCCCCCGCAUCCCCGGCGGCGGCGGGGGGCGGCGGCAGCCCCAGCCCGCCGGGCUCCGGAGCUUUGCCCUUCCAGACUUUCCCUUCCUACGCCGCCGCCAACGUCCUCGUCCCACCGGCCGCCCCCUUCCCGCUGGGCAGCGGCCCCUUCGCCCCUUUCCUCGGCCCCGCGUACCUCGGCCCUUUCUACGCCCCGCACCUCUGAGGGGGCAGAGCCGCGGGAGCCGGCGGAGGGGCUGCGGGGCCGGGCCCCCGAGCC